AUGCUAGGUCCUAAUACUUCUCAAUUAUCUGCAGGUAAUCCUAGUGUUAGUCCUUUGCUUGGUUCAUUUGAAGGAUUUUCAGCCAUAUAUAUCAAUUUUGGUACAGCUGAGAUAUUGGAAGAUGAUUCCAGACGAGUUGCAAAAAAGGCAGAGGGGGCUAGCGUAGCUGUUACAUUUGAAGAAGGCUUACAUUUGAUGCAUGCUUAUCCAAUAUUUUUUCCUUAUUAUCCUGAUGCACGAAAUACACUUCAUAAUAUUAAUAAAUGGAUUCAAGCAAUUUUUGAUAAAUGA